ACCAGGGAAGCGUGAACGCCGGAAUGGACGGGCGGCGGGCUGCCGAUAGCGCUAACGCGCGACGAGUGUGGACUGUGGAAUGAGGACUACGGCGCUUGCCGCUCGCCACCUCACUUCACGGUUUACAUGGUUAUUGCCAUAUAUUGGUUACUACUUUACUAGUUACUACUUAUUAUCACCCAACACCUGCACACCUCACCAUCGUCUGCCGGUCACCGUACACGUAGUUCGUAGUAUAAGUACGACCGGACCGACGUGCUCGACCGUUAGUUGCCGCACGGCUGUCCAAUACUACGUCGACUUUUCAGACGAACAGCUACGUGGCUCACCAAUUUUCAAAACGUCUUCUUGACUUCGCCGAACGCUCCACAGAGAUUCAUCGUCGUCGGUUUUCAUUCCGUUCGAAUUAAUAUGGAUAAGGUCGUGACGUGCGUGGCACCCGUCAACAUAGCCACUAUUAAAUACUGGGGCAAGAGAGACGAACAUUUGAUAUUGCCUCUAAACGAUUCGGUCAGUCUGACAUUGGACUGUGACCAAAUGCACGCCAAGACAUCUGUUCUCGCAGGACCGAUGAUCGAUGAAGACAGUGUUUGGCUAAAUGGGCAGAUUAUGUCCAUCGAAACAAACGAACGUUUGAAAAAGUGCUUUGAUCUAAUAAGAAAUUUAAUCAAAUUACGUAAAGGUGUUAAUAAUCAAGAAGCAAAAUGGAAUAUAAGGGUCUGUUCGGAAAAUAAUUUUCCUACUGCAGCAGGACUAGCGUCAUCAGCAGCUGGUUAUGCUUGUCUUGUAUAUACAUUAGCUAAUGCUUUUGGAUUGGUUGAUGAAGAUUUACCAUCUAUAGCAAGACAAGGUAGUGGAAGUGCAUGUAGAAGUAUUUAUGGAGGAUUUGUUCAUUGGAAAGCUGGUAUUGAUGACCUAGGUUCAGAUUCAACUGCAGUUCAAAUUGCUGCUGAUACACACUGGCCAGAAAUGAGAAUUAUCAUACUAGUGGUAAAUGAUUCUCAAAAAAAAACAAGUAGUACUUCGGGAAUGAGACAAUCAGUAAAAACUAGUGAAUUACUUAAAUACAGAAUUCAAAAGUGUGUACCUGAAAGAACAAAAGAAAUCAUUCAAGCCAUAACUGAUAAAAACUUUGAAAAAUUUGCUGAAAUUACAAUGCGAGACAGUAACCAAUUUCAUGCAGUUUGUUUGGAUACAUAUCCUCCUUGUGUUUAUCUAAAUCAAGUAUCACAUGAAAUAAUAUCUUUUAUUCAUGAUUAUAACGAAGCUGUUGGUAAAAUUAAAGUAUCUUAUACAUUUGAUGCUGGUCCAAAUGCUUUUUUAUUUAUUCAACAAAAUGAUUUGGGUUUGUUUAUGUCAGAAUUGGUUAAUGUUUUUCCAUCUGAUCAACCUAAUUCUUCAUAUUUACGAGGAAUCGAAUCAACACUACCUUAUAAAGUAAAACCAUAUGGAUUUAAACCCAAAGAUAAGGAUCUUUUGAAGUAUAUCAUGAUCACUAAAUUAGGUAGUGGUCCAAGAUGUGUUAAUGACCAUUUAUUGAACGAUGAUGGUACUCUGAAAUUAAACAAUUGAAUCUGUAAUUUAUCAAGGCAUUUUUUAGUUAAUUUAUUGUUAUAUGCCUGCUUAAUGAAAUAUUUAUUUGUUUAAAAAAAUUUGUUACUAUAGUUUUUAUUAUUUAUAUUUAUAAUUUAUCGG